UCAACGACUCUUGUAUAAUACAACCUGGACAGCACCAUCAACUGAUAUUACAUAAGAGCCCAUAACCAAGAUACGUGGUAAUGCCGGCAUUUCUACCUUCACAUCUGUACUCCUUUACCAUUCCUUCUAUCUACGACGGCUCACAGCUGGAUUGUCGGAUAUACCUCCCCAAACAGCUUGUAAGCCCAAAUGCUGCAUCUGAGUGGCGUGUACAAGGUGCCAUAGUCGCGCAUCCGUAUGCUCCCUUUGGAGGCUGCUAUGAUGAUCCCGUGGUGAAUUUUGUCGGAGGAGAGCUGCUGGAUGCUGGAUAUAUCGUGGGAACAUUUAACUUCCGUGGAGCCGGGGGUUCAGAGGGUCGAACUAGUUGGACAGCAAGACCUGAAUUGGGAGACUACGCCUCCUUCUAUGGGUUUCUGCUGCUUUAUUUGAAUAUCUUGAAAAGGAGGUUUACAUCUGUACCCGGAGACGGGAAGACUAUAGAAAGCAAAGGUAUUCAUAUUGUACUGGGUGGCUACUCCUACGGGUCACUUGUCGCUCAGCAUCUCCCGGCGGUUAGUACAGUGACAGAUAUCUUCCUGGAAAGCACAACAAACACCUCAGUUCCCAAAAUAUUUGAAAUGGCGAAAAGUGUCCAUGCUUGGACCGCAGAGAAGAUCCCAACGUCUUCCGACCCAUCGCCAGGUCUGGAUGCAUCUGAGAGUAUCCAACGUACAAAAGACGCGUUGCAGUCGUCCGCAACCACAAUCUCAUAUCUCCUCAUAUCGCCUGUCCUUCCUCCUGUUAAUUUUUUCCUCACUUUAUUCUCCAACCUGUCGCUUGAAGUCGAGCAGACAACCCCUGGUCGAAGGAGACAACUCCUCUGCCCGAAACCUUCUUACCAGCUAUGCGUACAUCGAAGUCUAGCGAUAUACGGGGACGAAGAUACAUUUACCUCUGCAGCUAAGCUACGCAAAUGGUCCGGUGAACUGAAGAGCGUGCCCCAUACCCGAUUUCACUCAGUGGAGAUCGAACGUGCUGGCCAUUUCUGGCGAGAAGAUGGGGUAGAGUUGCAAGCCAGGGAGGCUUUAAGGGCUUGGCUGUGUCAGGGCUCUUGAUACUAUUUUAUUUUCCUAUACUAUCCAAAGGCAUAAUCUGAAGAUCCGUUGUGACAUGUUUCGCGGGGGAGUGUGUGUUGGGCCGGGGAUGAACUUCCCCACGCAUGUGAAAUUUCCCUCCUCGCAUGACCUUGUCCAAGACUAUGUUUUUAUCCUUCUAUUUAG